UGUGUGGCCGAUGUCACUAAUAGAGAAGGUUUAAAAGCAGACAAGUGUUCAGCAAACUUACUCAAGUCAAAAUGUUCGCCCUCAUCCUAGCAUCAGUGCUCAUCGCUAGCGCCUUUGGGUGUGGAAAACCACCCAUUGAGCCUCUCAUCUCUCGUGUGGUCAAUGGAGAGGAAGCCAGACCCCACAGCUGGCCCUGGCAGAUCUCUUUGCAGUAUCUGAGCGGUAGCUCAUGGCGUCACACUUGUGGAGGAUCUAUCAUUGCUGAAAACUGGGUGAUGACUGCUGCUCACUGCAUCAGUUCUGGGCGCGACUACAGGGUGCAUGUUGGUAAGCAUGACCUGUCAGUGUCUGAGGACGGCUCCAAGACCAUCAGUGCACAGACGAUCAUUGUGCAUGAGAAAUGGAACUCCAUGUCUGUGUCUCUUGGAAACGACAUUGCCCUGAUCAAGUUGUCUGAGCCUGUGACACUGAGUGACACUGUUCAGCUGGGCUGUGUUCCUCCUGCUGGCUCCAUCCUUGAAAACAACUACCCCUGCUAUAUUUCAGGCUGGGGAAGACUCUCCACUGGAGGCCCUCUUCCUGACAGACUGCAGCAAGCACUGAUGCCCGCUGUGGAUCAUGCCACCUGCUCCAGGUCUGACUGGUGGGGUUCCACUGUCAAAGAAACCAUGGUCUGCGCUGGUGGAGAUGGCAUUGUCGCUGGCUGCAAUGGUGACUCUGGCGGUCCCCUGAACUGUAAGAACUCUGACGAUGUCUGGGAGGUGCAUGGUAUCGCCAGCUUCGUUUCUGGUUUUGGCUGUGACACCGUGAAGAAACCUACUGUUUUCACCCGUGUGUCCGCUUUCAAUGACUGGAUCGACAAGGUCAUGAUGAACAAUUAAGAUGAACCAAGGAUGCCAACCUUUUUUUAAUACCAGAAAACCAACUCUCCAAGAAAAAAGUAAAUAAAUACAUAAUGGUUCAACAAGGGA